UCCUCUCGCUCUCUAAAGCCCUCGCCACUUCCGGCGCGCUGCGCGCGCCCGCUCAAUUCUCUCUUUUGACAGAAUAAACUAGACCUUGUUACCGAAAAGACGUGUGUCCGUCUCGUUUACCACGGCUCUACAAAGUGGUGACCCGUAGUUUUCUUCGCGGCACUGCCGAAGUUUUUGUGGAGCCAUGCACAGCAACGAGAUGCAACCAGACACUGAACCUACGGGCACGACCGAGCAACAAGACGUCUCCGCGGUUUCCAUCCGACUCCCACCAUACUGGGACCGCAACCCUGCAGUUUGGUUUCUGCAAGCGGAAUCGCAAUUUAUUCUCUCUGGCGUUCGCACGGAACAACGCAAGUACCACCUAGUUGUUUCGGCACUGUCGCCUACUGCUGCAGAAGAAGUUGCCGACCUGCUUUCUGGACCACCUCCCGCCACUCCAUACAGCGAUCUUAAGGCUGCACUUCUCGAGCGCACAACAACAUCGCAGCGAGCCCGCAUGCAACAGUUGCUCUCCGCAGAGGACUUGGGAGACCGUCGGCCAAGCCAGCUCCUUCGCCGUAUGCGACAGCUCAUGAGCGGCAACACAACAGUAAACGAUGACCGCCUCCUUCGGGAACUGUUCAUGCAGCGCCUUCCAGUAAACGUUCAGAUGAUACUCGCUACAGCCACGGUAAUGGACCUCAACAGCCUGGCCAGCCUGGCGGACAAAGUCAUGGAGGUGGUGACACCAGCGGUGUGCAACGUAACACCAUCAAGCACCACUGCGAGUUCAGUGCCGCAAACAUCAUCCUCCGCCGCUUCUCCCAUCGACGUGCUCUGCAAUCGCCUUGAACAAUUAGUUUGUGCUGCGGAGCGUCAUCGCACUUCACCCCGUCAUGGAAGGUACCGCAGCUCGAGUAGAUCACGGCGUCCAAGAGAAGAACGCGCCCGGUCUCAAACGCCACCACGGGUAUGCUUUUAUCACCGCCGCUUCGGGCAGGAGGCGCGCCACUGCCUCCGUCCUUGUGCAUGGCAGGGAAACCAGCCGGCCGACCUUUAAUGGCGACAACCGGUCAGGGCCAAAACAAAAGUCGCCUAUUUCAUGUCAUGGACAGAACCACAGGCCAGCAAUACCUGGUGGACACCGGGGCGGAGGUCAGCAUUAUUCCCGCGCAACGUUCCGACCGAACUACACCGCCGACCUCCUAUCUUCAAGCUGUCAACGGUAGCAGGAUACCUGUUUACAAGUCGCGGUCCCUCACCCUGAAUCUUGGCCUGCGCCGCGUGUUCCGUUGGGUUUUCCUCGUCGCUGAUGUUCGCCGUGCUCUUAUUGGCGCUGAUUUCCUGGACCACCACGGACUGCUCGUCGAUGUGAAACGCCAA